AUGCUCCAUUUCGCAUGUAUAUUGUAUUUCAUUUCAGAUGAUACUGGAAGUAGACAUGGAGAGAGAAAUAGACCCCAUCCGAAUGGAGCAGUAAGUCGGGUAGUGUAUGCCUACAACUCAAGUGAUUCAAGCUCUGAUAGCUCCAUCUUGGACGACAGAUACCGCGGGUCUAGGAAUAGAAUUACAUACCGGAUGUCGAGGCAUAAUACUCCACGCGAUCCAAGUGUCAUUAACGGUGGAUUUUCCACAAAUGAUAGAAACAAGAGGCUCCAAAGACAACGCAAUGCAUCAAUUACAUUUUCAGAUGAUGAUUCUAUCUCCCGUGGUCACGUUUCAGGGCCUAGGAAUAUAAGCGGUGAACGAGAACGUAGAAAACACUUCAGUCGCUGGUGGCGUGGCCAUGAUAGCAAUAAUCACAAUCGUCAUUAA